ACUUUUUAAUUCGUUCCAAAAGCUAAUCAGUUUAAUUUAUGAAACGGAUUAACUAUCAUUCGCUGAAAAUAUUUUCUCAUUCGAAUUCGUUUCGUAGCUCCUACAAUUAUUGAAAGCAUAAAAUUGCUCACAGUCGCUACCAUGGAGCAUGUUAAAGAAAAAGAAGUAAAUUUAAAACGUGAAACUCGCCUCAUACGCACCUCCACUUCGAUCAAUUUCGAUUACAAUGUAGCAACAAUAUUGGACGAAUGGCGUAAAGUGAAGUAUAUAAGAUAUGGAGAUAAAGCCGAGGAAUGGAUGCCAAAAGAAAUGCCGCACACUACAAAGUAUAAAAAGCAAGUCCACAGGUUGUAUGCUAAAGUCAAUGCAACAGUAUGUAAGCUGAAAGACAGGCAAAGCUAUAUCUCCGAGCAUGCCAGCAUGAUCAGCUCGUUACGAGGUACACGAGCUUUGGGUGGACUCAAGUUAUCCAUAAGCGAUAUCAUAUAUUCGGUACCCAGCGUUGCGGUGAUCUAUCAAGAACAUGAGCUUGCUAAUACCUUCUUAACAGGGUUAUUACCACUAUCUUCUAGUAUUUGCAAAUACAAGGAUUACGUUCAAGUGGUGCUGCACCCAACCAAUACUAUAUUGCUUUAUGAAGAUAACAGUUAUACAGUGCGAAAGAAUUCACAAGCAGCAGCACAAGUAAUUCGGGAUAAUCUAGCGUAUGACUAUCUGACACUAGGUGACGGACGCUUUCGCGGCCGCAAAGAUAGCGAAGCGCAAACAAAUGGAAUAAUGUAUUUCAACGCCUCAGUCUGUACGCCACAUAUAGAACAAAGGCACGCCAGUGACUUUACAUCCAAUUACGAAAUAUAUGACAAAAUACAGCAAAAAAGUCAAAAGACAAACUUUCCGGUCAGAGACACGAAAGCAUACUUGACCGCACUGGCAAACAGCACAUCCUUUGCCCGUGCCGUAAUGUAUAUUGAACGUGGUUUGUCGAUCAAUUCGCAUAUUAAAGGACAAAUGCAUUAUCGCAAUCUAUUAAACCACAGCGGAUCACCCAAAGAAGACGUCUACUCUUACAAUAUCAAAGAGAUCUUUCGUUUCACACAACCGCCCUUCGAAAGUAUCAACCGUCCAAUUAAGGUGCGUAAAGCAGUUUCGGAUAUAAGUUUUUGCUUCGGUAAUGCCGAUCUCAUGGCCGUCGCAUAUGGUAUGUAUUCGUAUACGGUGCAAGUACAAGCGACAACUGGCAAUGUAUGUGUGUGGAGUAUUAAGAAUGUACUGCAUCCGGAGCGUACAUAUUCCUACAAUUCACCAGUUACGGCAGUGUCAUUCUCACCCUUCGACCACUCCCUGCUUGCAGUAGGUAUGGCCAAUGGAAGUCUGGAAGUGCGUGAUAUCAGCGCAGAACAUAAACUACCACUAAGUAAUAUUCAAAUAUCAGCACUACUGGGUAAUGAUCCCGUUAUUGCAAUCAAAUGGUUUCGCGAUCCGUCGAAUCCCGACACAUUUAAACAUUUCAUAGCGCUUUCACGAAAUGCUGUAGUGCGUAGAUACCGUUUUUUAAGCGGCCCUCAUGUAUUCACCAAGGAAUUGAUACGUUUGACUCGCGUGCGCGGCUUGUCCAUGCAAAGAGAUGCCCAUCUCGUGGAACAAUUUUCACAUAGCAUCUUAUUCUGCUUCAACUUAACUUUGGAUCCGCUGAAUACAGAUUUAUACUACGUGCUGACCGAUCAGGGUUGCAUACACAAUUGCUCAAUGACAGUAGAUAAUAGUUUCUCGUCGUCAUUGCGUACACAUAUACAUGGAUCGGUAAACUGUAUGGAGUUUUCACCGUGGUCACCGAAAAUAUUUCUUACAUGUGGCAAUGAUUGGUUCGUACGCAUUUGGAUGAUUGGCAUUACAGAACCGCUUUUAGAACUAACCCAUGAAAUGUUUCCCGUACAUUAUGCAGCCUGGAGUCCCACUCAGUCGACCACAAUAUUUUCAUUGACGCGGCAAACGCUCGACAUAUGGGACAUUCGUACUCCCUUCAAGCCCAUUCAAUCUGUGAAUGUCUCAAAAAGUCCUAAUACCUUAUUUAAAACUUCACCAACUGGCACCGCCCUUAUGAUUGGCAACGAACGUGGCGAUGUGAUUGUGUGUGGCGUGGGCGAAACCUUUAUUCUGUCGAAAUUUCAAUACGACACGAUGGAGCAGGCACUUCAUAAUGCAAUCAAGUGCGAUAGGGUUCGCCAACUGGUGAAAGAAGCCGGUUUCUUCGGUUAUGUCAACAAAAGGAAUAGAAGAGUAUUUUCGAAAAUUUAUGCACGCAUUUGAGAUGCCUAGAAAUAAAUAUGAUUUAGAUAAUGUUGCAACUAUCAUAUUAAAAAAUAUACUACAUAUUUUCAUUCAA